AUGUCUCGUUUAGAAGCUAAAAAGCCAUCGUUCUGUAAAAGUGAACCACUGACAAGUGAGAGAGUCAGGGCCACACUUUGUGUCUUGAAAGGCAUCCUAACAUCAAGCUAUGGCCCUUCAGGUAGGCUGAAGCAGCUGCACAAUGGCCUCGGGGGCUGUGUGUGCACAACCUCACAGUCGUCAGCCCUGCUCGCUAACCUUUCCGUCACCCAUCCCAUCUUAAAGAUCCUAACAACAUCCAUGCAGAAUCAUGUGUCGUGCUUCAGUGACUGUGGCUUAUUCACAGCCAUUCUUUGCUGCAAUCUGAUUGAAAAUGAUCAGAGAAUAGGCUUGAUGCCCACCACUGUUAUCAAAUUAAAUAAGCAUCUUUUGAGCCUCUGCACCAGCUACCUCCAGUCUGAGUUCUGUGGUUGUCGAAUUCUAGUCGACUUCAGUAGUACUCAGACCCUCCUUUGCCUGGUGCGCAGUAUAGUAACAAGUAAACCUGCCUGCAUGCUCACCAGACAGGAAAUAGACCAUAUCAGUGCUUUGAUUCUGAGAGCCUUUUUGCUUACAAUUCCAGAAAACACCAAAGACUGCCUCCUUUUAGGAAAGAGUAUAAUUGUGCCUUUAAAAGGUCAAAGAGUUACAGAUUCUACUGUAUUACCUGGAAUACUUCUUGAAAUAUCAGAAGUUCAAUUGAUGAAGAUCUUACCUAUCAAAAAAUCAGACACCUUCAAGGUGGCACUCUUCUGUGCAUCUUUAUCUGGAGAUCUCUCUGACACUGGAGAAGGAACUGUAGUGGUCAGUUCUGGGGUUUCUCUUGAAAAUGCAGUCCUGGACCAGUUGCUUAACCUAGGAGGGCAGCUAGUUAGUGAUCACAUAGAUCUAGUCAUAUGCCAAAAAGUUGUGCACCCAUCUUUGAAACAGUUUCUCAGUAUGCAUCGCAUAAUUGCCAUAGACAGAGUCGGAGCGGCUCUCAUGGAACCCCUGAGUAAAGUGACAGGAACACAGCCUAUUGGUUCCCUAGGCUCAAUCUCUCCUAGUAGUUAUGGAAGUGUAAAAGAUUUGUGCACUGAAAAAUUUGGCUUCAAACAUUUUCUUCAUCUUAUUCCUAAUGAGGCAACUAUCUGCAGCUUGCUGCUCUGCAACAGAAAUGACACUGCCUGGGAUGAGCUGAAGCUCACAUGUCAAACAGCACUGCAUGUUUUGCAGUUAACAAUCAAGGAACCGAGUGUUUUGUUGGGAGGUGGCUGUACUGAAACUCAUUUGGCAGCAUAUAUCAGACACAAGAUUUGUAAUGAGCCCGAAAGCAUUCUCCAAGAUGAUGGGUGUACUCAAACAGAACUUCAGCUCCUCACUGAAGCAUUCUGCAGUGCACUAGAAUCUGUUGCUGGCUCUCUAGAACAUGAUGGAGGUGAAAUUCUUACUGACAUGAAGUACGGACACUUUUGGUCUGCUCAGCCAGAGUCUCCCUCUGUUGUUGACUGGCCAGAUUUACUUUCAAGAUGUGGCUGUGGACUAUACACUAGCCAGGAAGAACUCCGCUGGUCUUUUUUAAAGAGUACUCGUCAUCCCUUUGCACCACAAACCUGCCUCCCACAUGAAGCUGUGGGCUCAGCCAACAACCUGACUUUGGACUGUUUUACUGCUAAACUUAGUGGCCUGCAGGUGGCUGUGGAGACAGCCAACUUGAUUUUGGAUCUUUCAUAUAUCAUUGAAGAUAAAAACUGAUAGAACAGCAUGUUUAUAUUACAAAAACAAACAAAAAAACCUAGUCAGGUAGUCAGUUAAGAAAAAUAA